ACAUUCCCUGAGGUUGCAAAAACCAAAGGCUUUUUUUUUAUUGAUGCAGGACACUAUUUACAGACGUUUGAGGCCAUGAGAGGGUCUGACCAUUGAACAGACCCGCAUUGUACUUUGACAGAAAUACCUUAGACGAUGGUAUUAUUCCGAAUAUGAGCUGCAGCAUUCUCCAAGUUUUAAAUCACCCCCUUAUUGUCUAGACAUUGAAUCAUAGCAUUACCAUCCAUUCACGCCUAUUUUCAAGUCUCCUUGCCCUGAUUCAUUUUCAUCCAAUGAUUAUGUAUCCGUUAAGUUUUAGUUUCCCACAGCUUCCCACCCCCUCCCCCGUCUUGCAUCGUUGCAUUUCAACAAAUUAAAAUCUUCCACAGGAAAUAUUCACGUCGUUGUCAAGUUCAAAAAAAAAGGGGUUAUGUUUACAUGGUCGGCCAAGACUUUUAAAAUACACAAACGUAUUCACGUACAGACCGUGUUUGUGUUGUAUUAAACACCCCGCUGGGUUUCCAGUCAUUUUGAGAACGUGAUAAAGCAGCAGCUGAGCACAUUCCAUCAAAACCGGACGGUUUGGAGCGGCGGACCGGAAGUGCGCCCGGGAGAAAGUGGUCCGGCCGGAACUACAAGGGGGGGGUGGUCCGGGCAAGGUGGGGAAUGGAUGAGGAGGACACGAGAGAUUUCAGAGAGCCAUGUGAACGAUGUUCUGUGAUUAACUGGGCGAUUUCAGAUGAAGGCAAAUUCUUUUGCAAGUCCUGUCACAAUGUUAUUGAGAAAACAGCAGAUGCUCCCUGUGAGAUUUUUAUGCAAAAUGCAAGAGUGAACACUCUGUCCAAAGGACUAAAGAAGAGAAAUAAACUUGAUCAAGGCUGUGAAUGGUAUGUUUGUGAAGGCUUUCAGUACAUACUGAAUCAGCAAGCAAAGGCCCUGGUAGCCUUGGGCACAUCUCCACUGCUCAAAGAUGAAACUCUGUGCAAUAUUUGGCGGCGUUAUCUGCAAAAAUCCCAACAGGCCUACACAAACAAACCAAUUGAUGCCCCUCGCAGACAAAGGCUGGUUUCAGAUUCGUCAGAAUUGGUGUCUGACUCAGAUGUUUCAUGGUCUUCGCUGACAGAAAGUAAUCCUGAAGGUCAAGAUAGUAGUAUUCAAUUAACCAAAGAUGCAGUUGAAUCAGAGGAUGAAGCAACCUCUAUACGGUCAGGAUCUGUUGAUGGCAGUCUGUAUCGACGAACCGCUUACCGUAAAGGACUACUGAUGUCUAUGCCUUUGACACUGGCAUUUUGCUAUCUGGCACUACUGUGGCUUCGAGAAUCGAUCACUCUUGCAGACCUCCUACGGUUUGUUUCAGAACAACAGAUACCAUAUCUGAACGCCUUCCAGUAUUUUCCUGAAGAAAUGAAACUGUAUGGACCCGAUAUCCAUAUCUUUCAAGUACAGUCCAUUCCAUCCUAUGAAGAAAUUCAAGGGAAGAUGCAUCAACUUGCUGUGUUUCUGGAAAUGCCUCGAUUUCCUGAAAUAACUGAGAAAUGUUUUCUCCAUCCAGAUAUGCUUUGUAUCAAGCUCUUGAUGGAAGCUAACUUACCAGAGAACAUGCAUAUCUGGAUACGAAGAUUGGUGAAGAAAAUGGGUAUCGGAGAAGUGGACUUUCUGACUUAUCACCCAUUGUCUAGAAGAGCAAAAAUGGUCAAGUAUGAAGUUCAGGCUGCAGCGGUAAUUGUGGUUGCCCUGAAACUGCUGUUUGUUCUUAAUGAUAAACAUGAGUGGUUGCUAUCUAACAGAGCGAAAGAGAUAAACAAACAAAACAGUGAAGGCAUUAAGGUAUUUCAAUUCAAAAAAUGGUACACAGUAAUGAGAAACAGUUUGGACGAACGUGAAAAGGAAGCGGAAGACCAAGCAGCCAGGCAUUUGUGGAAAUGUGAAAAGCCAUUAUUCUUUUCUGUAAAAGACAAAUCGGUGAUCUACAAAAAGAAACGUAUGAUCCACAGUCUUAAGAAGCAAUUUGUUAGACUCGCUGGUUCCCAUCAAAUAAUGGAAAAGGAAAAACCUUCCAGUUUCAAAUUCAAUUGGAAUGAAGGCAGCUUAGAGAGACUGUGCUUUCGUGAAGACAGCCUAAAAGCAUAUGAUUAUGAAAAAAGUAAAAGGAUCAGAACUGUCAAUGAUCGCUACUGGGUCAGUUGUCUAAAUAUUUGCCAAGAAAAAUACUGUGGACAUUUAACAAAGUCUGAAGAAAAGUAUUUUCCAGGAAGUUAUCUGUUCAUCCUACAAUUGUUCUCCUUCCUGCUUGGAGUGGAAUUCUCCAUGUUACAUUUGGAGGUGUGUCAGUUGGAACAUAGACUCUUUAAUUUACGAGAUGAAUUGAAGCCAAGAAGAAAAUGUAAGAAAACUAAAUCAUAAUGGGUUCUACAAGGAGAGAAGAUGACAUGGCACAAACAAUACUGGAAUCUGAAAUUGAUACUGUUUGACUGGUGCAUUGUUUUCACUGUCGUUCAACUUGUAUCAAAAUAAUUUUUAUAAAGCUGAUUUAAAAGUGUUGCUCUAGUUAUUCAAAUAAUAUUUACUCUCGGAGUAAAAAUAGGCAAAUAGGAAUAACCAAAUGUAGCUUUACAAUGUGCAACAUCAACUUUAGUGAGAUUGUUUCAGUAAGCUUAUUUUAAAUUUGUUGUGUUUAGUGUCAGUGAAGUUUCUGUUACACUUAUUUUGGCUGUUUGGGGUAAGGAGCUCACAUUUCAAACCUGUUUUCCAAAGUGAAUUACAUCAUUACACAAUAUUAAUAGUCAUAAUGAAUAUGUCUUUAUGAAACCAGUCUGAUAAAAAUGCAUUGGUAUACAAAUUCUACUACAUUUUUUGUAUUUUUGUGCCAAGAUGGAAUAUUGAUGUUUGACUCAGUUAUAAUUAUGUCAACACUUUCAUAAUGUAUGUUGAAGAACUUAAUCUUUAAUAUUUAUAUUUGUUUGAUAGUAUAUUAUUUCAGUACUGCUGAAAAAGAUAUUUUGUUGAAGCUUUUCAUCUUGCACCAGCAUAAUGCACAAGAAUAUCAAAAAAAAGUGGCAUGAAAGGAGAAUGCAAAUUAAUUGGCAAGUGAACUUUGGUAGUGGUGUUACAUUGAAGAAUGCAUCAACUGCUGCUGAUUGACAGUUCACUGCCAGGCUUUGUUCAACUCUUGAAAUGAGCAGGUAGACUCCUAUUUGUCAAGGCAUUGCUCUGAGAAAAGAAACAAUGAAUGACAAUCACGAAUGAGUUGAAACAAGUGGGGUGGCACGAUGGCUCAGUGAUUAGCACUGCUGUCUCACAGCACCAGGGUCACAGAUUUGAUUCCAGCCUCGG